ACAAUCAGUGAAUUGAAAAUGCUAAAGCCUGAUGAGCAUCGACCUUAUAUUGCCCCGCCUCACAAUUUAAAGAUUGUAGAUUGCGAAGUGGACAUACAAAAUAAGAAAGAUGGUAAAAUUAUAUUAGAGACUGUAAUUUCCAAGAAAGAGGAUGCAAAUCUUUUUCUUCCCACAAACAGAAAUUGGAAAAUAUAUCAUUCUGAAUGCUUUCAUUUUGCGAUCAAGAACAGAUAUCCAAAAUAUGAUAAGGGUGUGAUUGGAAAUAAUUUUUCUACCGAACGGAUUACUGGUGACGGAAAUUGUCUCUUCAGAUGUAUAAGCAAAGAAGCUUGUGAUGAAGAAUGCCAUUAUAAUUUUCUGAGACAGCAAUGCUGUCUCUUUAUGAGAAUUAAGGAUAUUGUUGAACAGAUGUAGGGGUUUUUGGGAGAUCCCUUUGAUGUAUAUUUGGAGAGAACAUACAUGGCCCUAAAUGCAACUUAUGGAACAGAGGUGGAGAUAGUUUCUAUGCAACUAUGCUUAAGACAAAUAUUAAUAUUCAUACUAUUUAUAAAUGGGCUUAUUAUACCCCAAUAAAAUUAUUACAUAAUAUCAAAAAAUUUAAUGUAAAUAUAUAUU